AUCUUCUGUGAGAAAGAGAGAAGGAACACUCGAGGAGUCGGGGUUAGGAGAUCGGAUCCAAUGGCCGCCACCAGGGUGUACAAGGUUAGGUUCGAGGAAGACUUGAUCACCACCACCGUAACGGCCUCCGGCGCGGACGUGGAGAGCUGGCUCGACGAGGUUCUCGCCGUCCACCGCCGCCGCCUGCACAAGCUCGUCGUCGGGCUGGACGUCGAGUGGCGUCCCAGCUUCAGCCGCGCGUACAGCAAAACAGCCAUCCUCCAGCUCUGCGUCGGGCGCCGCUGCCUCGUCUUCCAGAUACUCCGCGCCGGCUACGUCCCCAUCGCGCUGGCCGAGUUCCUCGGCGACGACUCCGGCUACACGUUCGUCGGCGUGGGCGUGGAGGCGGACGCCCAGCGGCUCUGCGACGACUACGGCCUGGAGGUGGGCCACACGGUGGACCUGGCGUACCUCGCGGCGGAGAAGAUGGAGCGCCGGGACCUCCGCAACGCGGGCCUCAAGGGCAUCGCGGCAGCUGUCAUGGACGCCCACGUCGAGAAGCCGCAGUCGGUGAGGAUUGGCCCCUGGGAUGCGUACGACCUCUCCGACGAGCAGGUGAAGUACGCCACCAUCGAUGCAUUCGUGUCCUUCGAGGUCGGCCGGAGGCUGCUCAACGGCGACUACUGAUCGAGUAGCUAUAGUCAGAUUAAGGCCAGGCGGCCGCCGCGCGAGUCCCGCGAACAUGCAGUGCUUAUGUUCCGUCAUCAUGUUCUAGUAGAUUGCUUCGUAGUGCAUUAGAUGUUCCCUCAUCAUGCUUUUGGAUUAGUAGAACUAUUAGAUGUUCUCUCUUAAUCGCUGUUACUAUAGGUUUUUAGUGUAACAAAAAAGAACAGGUUUUAGGGGUUUCGGGCCUCCUGGGAUGGAAGAAUAACCAACCAGACAAUCUUGGUGGUGGAGUUGUGGAUGAAUAUAUCGAACUAUAUUAUGAACUUAUGAUGCCUGG